UGUAGACACCGUGGAAGGUUCUCCUGGGACUGCUUGGUGUAGCUGUGCUUGUCACCGUCAUCACCGUGCCAGUGGUUCUGCUGAACAAAGAUGAUGCGGCAGCUGAUAGCCGCAGAACUUAUUUGUUAGCUGAUUAUUUAAAGAAUACUUUUAGAGUCAAGUCCUACUCCUUGAGGUGGCUGUCAGAUUAUGAAUACCUCUACAAACAAGAAAACAAUAUCUUGCUAUUCAAUGCUGAACACGGAAACAGCUCCAUUUUCUUGGAGAACAGUACCUUUGAAGAAGUUGGAGAUUCUGUAAGCGAUUAUUCAGUGUCACCAGAUCGACGGUUUGUUCUCUUAGAGUACAACUAUGUGAAGCAAUGGAGGCACUCCUACACAGCUUCGUAUAAGGUUUAUGACUUGGAUAAAAGGCAGGUGAUCACAGAACAGAUGAUUCCAAAUAACACCCAGUGGAUCACAUGGUCACCAGAAGGUCAUAAAUUGGCAUAUGUUUGGAAGAAUGAUAUUUAUGUUAAAAUCGAACCACAUUUACCUAGUAAGAGGAUCACGUUCACAGGAACAGAGGAUGGAAUAUAUAAUGGGAUAACUGACUGGGUUUAUGAAGAGGAAGUCUUCGGUGCCUACUCUGCACUGUGGUGGUCUCCAAACAGCACUUUUUUAGCAUAUGCCCAGUUUAACGACACAGGGGUCCCACACAUUGAAUAUUCCUUCUACUCUGAUGAGUCACUGCAGUACCCUAGGACAGUGUGGAUCCCAUAUCCAAAGGCAGGAGCUGUGAAUCCAACUGUAAAGUUCUUUAUUGUAAAUACAGACUCUCUCAACUCAACUACUGGUGUUGCUCCCGUCCAAGUCACUGCUCCUGAGUCCGUGUUAACAGGGGAUCACUAUUUGUGUGAUGUGGCAUGGGUUACAGAAGAAAGGAUUUCUUUACAGUGGCUCAGGAGGAUUCAGAACUACUCUGUGAUGGCUAUCUGUGACUACAACAAGACUAACCUGACAUGGAACUGUCCCUUGGCACAGCAGCAUGUUGAAAUGAGCACUACGGGAUGGGUCGGAAGAUUUAGGCCUGCAGAGCCCCACUUCACCACUGAUGGUAGCAGUUUCUACAAGAUCAUGAGCGACAAAGAUGGCUACAGACACAUCUGCCACUUCCCCAAAGAUCAGAAAAACUGUACAUUUAUUACAAAAGGAGCCUGGGAAGUCAUUGGGAUUGAAGCGCUGACCAGCGAGUAUCUAUACUACAUUAGUAACGAACAUAAAGGAAAGCCAGGAGGAAGAAAUCUUUAUAAAAUUCAACUUUCUGACCACACAAAUGUCAAGUGCCUUAGCUGUGACCUGUAUCCGGAAAGAUGUCAGUAUUAUUCAGUGUCGUUUAGCAGAGAGGCAAAGUACUACCAGCUGAGAUGUUCGGGCCCUGGUCUGCCCCUCUAUACUCUGCAUCGCAGCACCGAUCAUAAAGAGCUGCUAGUCCUGGAAGACAAUUCUGCUUUGGAUAAAAUGCUGCAGGAUAUCCAAAUGCCUUCAAAAGUAUUGGACUUCAUUGUUUUGAAUGAAACAAGAUUUUGGUAUCAAAUGAUCUUGCCUCCCCAUUUUGACAAAUCCAAGAAAUAUCCUCUACUCUUAGAAGUAUAUGCAGGUCCCUGUAGUCAAAAAGCAGAUGCCGCCUUCAGACUCAAUUGGGCCACUUACCUUGCAAGUACAGAAAACAUCAUAGUAGCUAGCUUUGAUGGCAGAGGAAGUGGUUACCAAGGAGAUAAGAUCAUGCAUGCAAUCAACAGAAGAUUGGGAACAUUGGAAGUUGAAGAUCAAAUUGAAGCAGUCAGACAAUUUUUAAAAAUGGGAUUUGUGGACAGCAAACGGAUUGCAAUUUGGGGCUGGUCAUAUGGAGGGUAUGUAACCUCAAUGGUCCUGGGAUCGGGAAGUGGCGUGUUCAAGUGCGGAAUAGCUGUGGCACCCGUGUCACGGUGGGAGUACUAUGACUCAGUGUAUACAGAGCGCUACAUGGGUCUCCCAACUCCAGAAGACAACCUUGACCAUUACAGGAAUUCAACAGUCAUGAGCAGAGCUGAAAAUUUUAAACAAGUUCAGUACCUCCUUAUUCAUGGAACAGCAGAUGAUAAUGUUCACUUUCAGCAGUCAGCUCAGAUCUCCAAAGCCCUGGUGGAAGCUGGCGUGGAUUUCCAAGCCAUGUGGUAUACGGAUGAAGACCAUGGGAUUGCUAGCAGCUCGGCUCACCAGCAUAUCUAUACCCACAUGAGCCAUUUCCUCCAACAGUGCCUCUCCUUACAGUAG